CGGAGGUCCUUUUCUAGCCAUCCUUGAUUGGGAAUUGGGAUGGAAGCGGUCGGCAUUCACGAGACCACCUACAACUCGAUCAUGAAGUGUGAUGUGGAUAUCAUGAAGUUUCAUGGCAUUGCUGACCGGAUGAGCAAGGAGAUCAUUGCCUUGGCCAUAAGCAGCAUGAAGAUAAAGGCGGUGGCUCCUCCUGAAAGAAAGUAUAGUGUUUGGAUUGGAGGCUCCCUUUUGGCAUCACUUAGCACCUUUCAACAGAUGUGGAAGUCAAUGCCACAGCAAAUAAUUGUAAAAUCAAGCAAUUAGGGAGGGAGUAUCAAACGAGUAUCAAAAGGAGGGAGUCGAUGGACCUAGCGGCGACGGCAGCAGCGGCGUUGCUGAUUUUGUGCUUCGGGAUUGCCGGAAUCGCGUCGGAGGCUUCCGAUCACCGCUACAAGAAGGGGGACCCCGUCCCGCUCUACGCCAGCAAGGUCGGCCCUUUCCAUAACCCUAGUGAAACGUAUCGCUACUUUGAUCUACCCUUUUGCAGACCAGAGCAUUUAAAAGAGAAAAGGAAAGCACUCGGUGAAGUUUUGAAUGGGGAUCGCCUUGUUGAUGCCCCCUACAAGGUUAGUUUCCAAGAAGAAUUUAAUUCGAAGCUGCUUUGCAAGAAGCAGCUCAAACCAGAAGAUGUUGCUAGGUUUCGGGAUGCUGUCACCAAGGAUUACUAUUUCCAAAUGUACUAUGAUGACCUCCCCAUCUGGGGGUUCGUUGGGAAGGUCGACAAGGAAGGAAAAGAUCUGGGUGACUACAAAUACUACCUUUACCGACAUAUUGAAUUUGAAAUCCUGUACAAUGAGGAUCGUGUGAUUGAGAUUCUUGUUUGGUCUUGUCCCACUGCACUGGUGGAUCUUACUGAGGACAGAGAAAUUGAGGUGGAUUUUACCUACUCUGCUAAGUGGAAGGAGACAACAACAACAUUUGAGAAGAGGAUGGAGAAGUACUCACAAACCUCAUCACAGUUGGAGAUUCAUUGGUUCUCCAUCUUAAACUCAUGUGUUACUGUUCUUCUAUUGACUGGGUUCCUUGCAACAAUUCUCAUGCGUGUUCUGAAGAAUGAUUUUGUGAUAUAUGCUCAUGAUGAGGAGUCUGCUGAGGAACAAGAAGAGACCGGGUGGAAGUGUAUCCAUGGUGAUGUCUUUAGGUUCCCUAAUAACAAGUCAUUAUUUGCUGCAUGUCUUGGUUCUGGCACUCAAUUGUUUACUCUCACCGUGUUGAUUUUUGUUCUUGCACUAGUCGGGGUUUUCUAUCCUUACAGUCGUGGUUCUUUGUUCACUGCUCUGGUAGUCAUAUAUGCCCUCACCUCCGGAAUUGCUGGAUAUACUGCUACCUCUUUCUACUGUCAGCUUGAAGGGGCAAACUGGGUAAGGAAUUUACUGUUGACAGGAUGCCUCUUCUGUGGACCUCUGUUCCUGACAUUCUGCUUCCUGCAUAGUGUUGCUAUUUCAUAUAGUACUACUGCCGCAUUACCAUUAGGAGCCAUUGGGGUUAUUGUUCUCAUUUGGGCAUUGGCGAGUGUUCCAUUGCUUGUAUUGGGUGGCAUUGCUGGCAAAAAUAGCAAAACGGAGUUCCAAGCCUCUUGCGGGACAACGAAGUAUCCUAGAGAAAUUCCACCAUUGCCUUGGUACCGAGGAACAAUCCCACAGAUGGCAAUGGCUGGUUUUCUUCCUUUCAGUGCAAUUUACAUUGAACUUUACUACAUAUUUGCUAGUGUCUGGGGUCACAGGAUAUACACAAUCUACAGUAUUCUGUUCAUAGUAUUCAUCCUCCUCCUGAUUGUGACAGCUUUAAUUACGAUUACACUUACCUACUUUCAACUUGCUGCUGAAGACCAUGAAUGGUGGUGGAGGUCUUUCUUAUGUGGAGGAUCCACUGGUCUGUUUGUCUACGCCUACUGUUUGUUCUACUACUAUGCCCGCUCAGACAUGUCUGGAUUCAUGCAGACGUCCUUCUUCUUCGGUUAUAUGGCUUGCAUCUGUUAUGGUUUUUUCUUAAUGCUUGGUAUGGUUGGCUUCCGCGUGGCUUUGCUGUUUGUGCGCCACAUCUACAGAUCCAUAAAGUUCAAGUAGCAUAUCGAUACCAUAAUUGAUUGGAUGAAAGUCAUUGCAAAGUUAGCCUACAGAGGCUUGCUUUCAUUGGGACUAGGAUUAAUGGCGUUCCGGAGAGUCUAAUUCAGUAUUAGAGAUAGGUGCCAAGUUACUUUCUUUUCUUGUCUUAAAAAGUUACUUAUACUGUAAAACACUUUGGCAAACCGUUGAUCGACAUGUAAGAUACAUCUUCCUGAUACCUUAAAAUGCAACAGCAUGUUUAAUUAGUA